GCGUCACGAUUUUGGGCUGUUCUCAUCGGUAUCGAUGCGUACGAGGGGAUUUCCUUGCACGGUUGUGUAUCUGACGCAUUGUUGAUGAAGAAUUUUCUCAUCGAUGACCUUGGCGUGCCGAAAGAGCGUAUCCAGUGUCUCCUCGGCUCUCACGAUCCCCUCCCUAACGGCGCCUUGACACCUUCUCGUGCCAACAUCGUAAAUACGCUCUACAGUCUCAUUCACAAUCGUGAAAUUCAGCUUGGCAACAAUAUAAUCAUUUAUUAUGCUGGGCAUGGCUCAAGCUACCAAUGUUCAAUGCAUUCCGCUACAGCGAAAUCUAAAUGCAGCAGGAAUUUCUGUCCUGUCGAAGCUCUGUGCCCCAUCGAUCGCGACACCAAGGAUGCCGAUGGACGGUGGAUACCCGACAUCAGCGACCGAGAGAUUAACGCUCUUUUCACUCAAAUAUGUCUUGCCAAGGGGUAUAGGAUCACGUUUAUUGCAGAUUGC